GGGAACGCGCAGUUGUCAUCUUAGCAACAACAAUAUGGCCACUUCGGAGCCGUAAAGCGAAGGGGCGGUGGAGCGUUUCUUUAAAUCCACGAACAUCGCCCUAAAUAUCGGCCUGGUUUCCUCUCAGAGCUGCUAAAAAAUAAACUGGAAUAAAUUCUGCACACGAAUAUAUGAUUAUUUCCGAAAACUAUAAAAAUGAUACAGAUAUUAAUGAUAAAUAUAAAAAGCGAAACAUAAACAGAAUUAAACCGGCUUGAAGUUUAGAGUUUAGUGAAACAGUGUCCGUGUAUCAUGGGCUGUUGUUCGUCUCUCAAGCGCUAAAAGACUCCAAGCCUAAAGCUCGGUGCACGGAGAAGGAUAAACAAGUGAAAAAGGACUUUUAUCCUUUCAUCUUUUUUGUGUUUUUUGUUGAAAAGAGCUCGCUGGCUAGUUUAGCUUAGCACAGCUAGCUAGCUAGCUAACAAGGCGAGGAGAAAGUGCGCAGCGUCCCCUCACAACUCUGGGGCUGAUUUUUCCGCUACAAGAGACGACAUUGUGACCGAAACAGAGACAGAUAAAAAGUUUAACCCGAUAUUUAUGUUUGCUCGGCGUUAUUAGUGACGGUCAGCAGAGCAGAGCCGAGCCGCUGCAGUUACCCGGGGAUGAGUUCCGGAUAAAGCCGUGAACAACGCUAACUCUAAGGGACCGUGGUCGGCGGAAUAAGGCAUGCCUGGCUCGGACCGACAUCAUGUCACCAAGCGGAAGUCGGAACCUGAAUAUAAACAACAAACGACGGCCACCACCGGAAACGCCGACUCCAGGCUUCAUCAGAUCAAAUGUACGGGCUCUUCAUCGUCCUCCUCCUCUUCUUCUUCAUCAUCGAAGCACAACAAACGCCACAAACCGUCCAAACAUGGCAGCCGUUUAGACUGUCCGGUGGAGCCCCCUGUCGUCUCCAUUAAGCCCUUGGUGGAAUAUGAUGACAUAAGUUCCGAUUCGGACGAGUUCCUGGACCCUCCCGGACCCCCGGCUGAGAAAGCGCAGGAUGAGCUGUACCGUAACAAAGAGAUCCGAACACAUAAACGCAAACGCUCCAGGAAAAAGUCCAAAGACCCGCAUCGGGUCCGGGAGUCGGGUGAAGGCGGCGACAGAGACGCCAAGAUGAAGAAGCCCGGCGAGCGAGACGGAAAAGACGCAAAGCGGAAAAGCAGAGACAAACUCGCGUCCGCCGUCGGCGUCUCUCGACCGGAAAGUGACUUGGGUUUGAGACGAGCGGCCACAGAGUCUCAUUUGUCCUCUGUCGGUCAUCAAUUAGAGUCCUCGAGCACCGUGUCUCAAAAGAGUAAAAACAAAGAGUCGCACGACUCCUCCCACAGGUCGACUCACCGCUCGCACCGGAACAAGACCGAGCACGAGCGUGAGCACUCGGACCGCAGCCGCCGCAAGGUGUCCAAAAACCGGAAAGGUGGCACAUCUCGGACCGGAGGCAGCGGCGGGGGUGUCUCCGUCUCUGCCUCCUCCCCUGUGGACCCAGAAGAUGGGUACUCGUCCCGGCGCCGUGCCAGCACCCCGAGCCCGUACCGUGACAGCUCCCGCCGGAGCAGACAGCGUUCCGAGAGUCCGUACUCGCGCCGCAGGUCUUCCAGCUACGACCGCGACGGGAGUCCGUACGGGAACAGACGCUCGUGCAGCACCAGUCCUGUGUCCCGGCGCUCGAUCAGGUCACGCAGUCGCUCUCCCCUUUACUCAUCCUCUCGUCGAUCCUCUUCACAUUCGCGCAGUAAGAAACACUCUUCAUUGGGCGGAGCCAGCGGGAGCUCGGCCUCCAGGAGCCGCCCGGCCAGCCGCUCCCCUUCGUCCUCCCGCCUGCCCAUCUCCUCAAGCCUGGGGGCGGAGCUUACGCGCAGGAAGAAAGAAAGACAAGCUGCAGCGGCAGCUCGGGCGGCCGCGACUCCGCCUACUCAACCUCGUGACCAGAGGGUGGAGCCGGAGUCAGCACCUGAGCCCCCUCCACCUACUCCUGUUCCAAAUCCCAUCACAUCAGAGGAAACGGACGUAGCACCUCCCCCUCCUCCACUUCCCGCCAGUUCCCCGCCUCCACUUCCCCUGAAUUCUCCACCUCCACUUCCUCUGAACUCUCCACCACCACUGCCUUUAAAUUCACCUCCGCCACUUCCUCUGAAUUCUCCACCUCCACUUCCUUCUUCAGCCCUGCCAGCUCAGACAAAAAGCCCCGCCCACAAAACCAUGCCUAUCAAAACCUCCACCCUUCCACCCCUCCCUCUACCACCGGUACUAGUUGGGGACUGCAGGGACAGUCCUAAGAAGGCCACGCCCGCACACCGUACCUCAAGGAAAGAACGAGAGAAAGAAAAGGAGAAGGAGAAAGAGGUUAGGUCACGCCUCCUUAGUGACUUGCCCCUCCCACCUUUACUACCCGGUGGGGAUUCAUCUCCACCCCUUUCACCUGUCCAAGAAGCCCCGCCUCCUGUACAGCCCACCUAUAAGAAGAGACCAAAGUUCUGCUCUCCUCGUUUCGGUGAGAAGAGACAAACCCAGAUCGACUGGGGAAAGCGCUGCGUGGACAAGUUCGACAUCAUCGGCAUCAUCGGGGAAGGCACCUACGGCCAGGUGUAUAAAGCCAAGGACAAGGACACAGGAGAGCUGGUGGCCCUGAAGAAGGUGCGUCUGGAUAACGAGAAGGAGGGCUUCCCCAUCACCGCCAUCAGGGAGAUUAAAAUCCUCCGUCAGCUCAACCAUCGCAGCGUCGUCAACAUGAAGGAGAUCGUCACCGACAAGCAGGAUGCUCUCGACUUCAAAAAGGACAAAGGAGCCUUCUACUUGGUGUUUGAGUACAUGGACCAUGACCUAAUGGGGCUGUUGGAGUCGGGACUCGUCUCGUUCUCACAUGAACACAUCCGCAGCUUCAUGAGGCAGCUGAUGGAGGGACUGGACUACUGUCACAAGAAGAACUUCCUGCACAGAGACAUCAAGUGUUCUAACAUCCUGCUCAACAACAGUGGACAGAUAAAGUUGGCAGAUUUUGGGUUAGCGCGGCUUUAUAACUCUGAGGAAAGUCGGCCGUACACCAAUAAGGUGAUCACACUGUGGUACCGCCCACCUGAGCUGCUGCUGGGGGAGGAGAGGUACACACCUGCCAUCGAUGUCUGGAGCUGCGGGUGCAUUCUGGGAGAGCUCUUCACGAAGAAGCCCAUUUUCCAGGCUAAUCAGGAGCUGCUGCAGCUUGAGCUCAUCAGUCGUCUGUGUGGCAGUCCGUGUCCAGCAGCUUGGCCCGACGUCAUUAAACUGCCCUAUUUCAACUCCAUGAAGCCCAAGAAGCAGUACAGACGUCGCUUACGAGAAGAGUUCUCCUUUUUGCCCUCUCCGGCUCUGGACCUGUUUGACCGCAUGCUGACCCUUGACCCCUCACGACGAUGCACAGCAGAGCAGGCUUUAGCAAGCGGCUUCCUGUGCGAUGUUGACCCCAGUAAGAUGGAGCCUCCAGAUUUGCCCCACUGGCAGGACUGUCAUGAGUUGUGGAGUAAGAAGAGGCGGAGACAGAGGCAGAGCGGGCUGACUGACGACGUGCCUGUUCAGAAAGCCACACAGCAGAAGGACCCGGGGAACACAGCCAGCCACAACAGCCAAUCAGCACCCAGCUCAUCUCCCCCACCUCCCUCCACCACACACACUGACCUCAUCGGUCUGGGUGCAGUAGCUGGUCAGUUGAAUCAGACAGAGAUGGCCGUGUUGUUGAACCUGCUGCAGGGUCAGUCCGAGCGUCUCACUCUCCCUCAGAUGGCUGAGCAGCUCCUCAUGUCCUCUUCCUCCACCUCCUCCUCCUCACUUCCUGUCCCUGACUCCGCCCCAGAUGCCGACUCCACCCGGCACCUGGAGUUGCUCAGCCACACCCUCUCAUCUCUCAUUCAGGCUUCUAAUAGUGUGUCAGCUCCUCCUCCACCUCCUCCUCCUCCUGAAGCACCACAACCCGAGGCCCCUUCCACAGAAGCCCCGCCCUCGGACGACACCACCGGCCUCCUGGCACUUCUCCUGAGCCAGCUGAUUAAAGCUCCGCCCCAGGGGGCGGGUCAAGACGAGGAGAGCAACGGUGUCCAGUCAGACGGGGCGGUGACGAGAAACAGCUCCGCCUCCCAUUCUGGCGCCGACUGCAAGGACUCAGACUCUACUGUAUUCAGUGAGAAGCCCGUCUCCCAGACCCUGGUGUUGACCCGUGACCCGGUGACCCCUGCUGCUCCGCCUGCACCGACAGAUGAUCUCCAUGGUGAUGUGGCGUCCGCGCUCCUCCAGCUCAUUUCCCAGAAUGCCUCAGAGAGCAAGCCCACUUCCUCCGACUCUCAGUGUCUGAAAGAGACAUCGUCAUCGUCUUUGUAUUCCUCUCCAGGAGCGCUGGUCUUCAGCCAGCCUGAACAUGAUGCUAACACGGCUAAUGCUAACACAGGAGUGCAGUACCCCCGUGACCAGGACCUCCGUUUCACCCUGGGGUCCUGCGGGGAGGACAGACAGGAGAGCAAGUCCUGAAGAUUCCCCACCGCUUCUGUUUAACGAACAUCUGGACCGCCCUGGACACGGACUUUACAUUUCGAUCAUGUCUGUCCGUCUCACGCACGCGCAAACACACACACACACAAGCUUUACUUUAUAUCAAAUCUUGAAAAUGACUAAGAACCUGAACACAACAACAGUAACGUCACCACCACGACUCGAUCAUUACAGUUUCAGUGAGUGGAUAAAGAAUGUUUUUGUAAAUAAUUUGUUUUCUGUUUAUUAAAUGAAGCUGAGUGAAA